AGGGACCUUUAUGGUGUUGUGCAAAUGAAAAUUAAAUCUAAUAAUCGAACAUAUGUGCGAGUGCACGCAUGUUUGCUGAAAUCUUGACACUCUCGCUCUGUUUGUGGGAGUACUUACCAUUAGUGGCUAGAAAUAUGGUGCAAGUGACGCAUUAAGAGCAUAAAGGAGACCGCACUGGGUCGGCCCACCCAACCCACGGCCACCGAGCCAUAGAGCCAGAGCCAUCAAGCCAUCGAGCCACUAAGCCGUUAAUAACGGGUGCGUUCCUGCGGUCUUUUAGCUGUCGUCGGUGGUUAUCUGCAUCAUAAAUUUGCCAUCACCCUGUUUAAGUCAGAGGAUGUUUGCCCCGAAUCGGGUAUAAAACGAACCGCGGCGCGGCAAAUCGGCACAGUCAUCUUCAAAUCGCUCCCAAGUGCACCAGGCUAACGGUCAACGGCUGGAAUCAUGAAUCUAUAUGUGCUCCUGGCGGUGGUAUCGGUGUUCCUGAACUUCAUUCACGCAGCGCCCAGUGUGGAUAUUUCCAACGACGAACUGCUGGAUGGAAAAUAUCUUUGUGAAGAUCUGCCAGUGUUAAGAGAAUUGUGUAACGGAAACGGCGUGAGUUUACGACAAACCGGACUUCCCAACGACGACCUUUCCACAUCGCCGUUGUUUAACGAGUUUUACAAGCUCUUCCAACGAAAUGUAAAUAUUUUUCUGACCAAAAACAAGAGCCCCGAGUCCUUGCAAGAGCGCUUCUCGAGAACGGUUUCGAAGCGCGGCUUGGACAGCAUUGGCGGCGGCCACUUGAUAAAGCGGACGCAGAGUAGACAGCUGCUAAGCGACUAGAAACCGCCACAGACCCAACUUCCGCUUCCGCUUACGCACCACUCCAUUGACUUUGACAAUAUCGAGGACCGAAAUGAAAAUGAAAUGUAAAUAAGCAGCCUGGUCUUUAUUUUAUAUGUGCAUAUAAAAUGAUGUAGCUCCUAAUUGUUAAUAAAUUAUUGCAUUUGUAAAGAGUUUUACUUUCGCCCUCCAGAGGAGAGUCAUUCAUGUAAAUUCCAAAAAUCUAG